GGGUCAGAAGCGAGUCGGGCAGAGCCGGAGAGGAGCCGGCAGGAGCUGCAGGGGGGCGCCGCGACCGCCGAAGGCCCAAGGCCCAGCCACGUCGCCAUGGCCAGCCAGUCGCAGGGCAUCCAGCAGCUGCUGCAGGCCGAGAAGAGGGCCGCCGAGAAGGUCGCCGAGGCCCGCAAGAGGAAGAACCGCCGGCUGAAGCAAGCGAAAGAAGAAGCCCAGGCUGAAAUUGAGCAGUAUCGCCUGCAGAGGGAGAAAGAAUUCAAAGCAAAGGAAGUGGCGGCUCUGGGUUCCCACGGCAGUUCCACCACCGAAGUGGAAAAGGAGACUCAGGAGAAGAUGGUCGUGCUCCAGGGCAACUUCCAGAAGAAUAGGGAGGAAGUGCUGACCAGCCUGCUGAAUUUGGUCUUUGACAUCAAACCAGAAAUCCAUUUAAACUACCGCAUCAAUGGUUAGGGGAGCAUUUCGGCCUUCUAGAAGUAUUAAACAAAACCGGCUUCAGCUGUGCCCCUUCUUUUGUAAAAGAUCUUAACUUAUUUCCAAGAGUUGUAGAUAAUCUCUCUUCGCUGUCUCCUUUUUGUAGCAUUUUGGACCUCAUCCAAAGAUCGAUAGAUUUACUAGCGCUGUAUUCCAAAAGUGCAUUAUCAUGUGCUUAGUUUAAAGUGGGAGGUUCGUAUUGGAAGACGUACGAUAAGUAUUAAAUUGACACGUUGUCCCUAAGAAGUAUUUGGAAGUCAGGAAGGGUUUGAGAUCUUGUCAGGCUAUCUUCUGCAUACCUCUUAAAUUGUAAACGUGUGAACCUAGCGUUCUAGCAAGUGACGCCCCCCCAACUCCUGCCUUGCUGAUAGACAAAGGAGGAAGUUUGGUUAACUGCACAGACUAGUAGUACAGUGUCUUGUGAAAAUGUUUUGAAGUAGGUUCUAUUUAAGCAAUUGUACACUGUAUAUCCUCCUGUUUAACUUGAAGUAGAAACCUUCUCUUAAGGGUGCUUGAAAAAAAGACCAAGUAAAGAUCUUAUUUAAUCUGGAAA